UCAAGGCACGAAAUUAAAAAAGACAAGCAACUUAAAGAACUCAAAGACAUUCUUUUCGCAGAGAUGGAAGCUGUUGUAUUUUCAUGUCAUAUGUUUAGGGGUUUAUUCGCAGACAGGAGACGGUUAGCAUGAUUCCCCCACUUCUAAUGGACAUUAAACCACACCACAAGGCAAAUCUUCGUAUCUAAUAGCAGAUUUUGGAUCUCUGUUCUGCUCCAGGAUCAAAGACGGCCCAAAUAAUCAGCAGCCUGGCAGAUUCUGUUGAAGGGGGAUUCGUUGUUGCAAAUGAUAAUAAUCCUGACCGAUGUUUUGUUAUGCUCCACCAACUUUCUCCUCUAAACUCUUCGUCGUUGGCUGUCACGUGUAAUGAUGCACAGAGAUUCCCGGAUUUGCUUGACUCUGAUGGAAAGCCGUUUUUCUUUGAUAGGAUUUUGGCUGAUGUACCUUGCUCCAGUGAUGGCACUGUUAGAAAGACUCCUGAAAUACUAAAAUCGUGGAAAUCUACCAAUGCAUUUUCACUACACGUACUUCAAAAGAAAAUUCUUUUGCGUGGGGUACAACUAUUAAAAAAGGGUGGCAGAAUAGUAUAUUCCACAUGUUCUCUUAAUCCUCUGGAAGACGAAGCCGUGGUAUCUGCAGUGCUCGAACAGGAUGAUACAGUGCAACUUGUCUCAGUACAAUUGGAUGACAUAGGACUACUUGCUAGACCAGGGCUUGAGAAUUGGAAAGUUUUUACUCAGGAGGGAGAGUGUGAUAGCUGGGAUAAUUUACCCAUAAAAUUAAAAAAAGACAUGUACAAAAGUUUAUUUCCUUCUGAAUAUGUUGGACACCAUAAUCUUAAUUUUUGUCGACGCGUUCUUCCUCAUUUACAGGAUACCGGAGGGUUUUUUUAUGCUGUACUGGAAAAGAUAAAAGAGACUGAUCCGAAAUUGCUACGGACUUAA